GGGCCGGGAGCCCGGCGCACCGGGCAUGCUCAGUGGCGCGGCCGGCUGGGUGGCCCCGCGAGCUGCACCCGGAUCUGCUCGGCGGCGGCGGCGGCGGCGACGGCGGCGGCGACGUGAGCGCGCAGGGGGGCGGCGGCCUCGCCUCGUCUCUCUCUCUGCGCCUGGGUCGGCUGGGUGACGCCGCGCGCCAGAGAGAUGUCGGAUUUCGACAGUAACCCCUUUGCGGAUCCCGAUCUGAACAACCCCUUCAAGGAUCCAUCAGUUACACAGGUGACAAGGAAUGUUCCACCAGGACUUGAUGAAUAUAAUCCAUUCUCGGAUUCUAGAACAGCUCCACCUGGCAAUGUGAAAAUGCCUAAUGUCCCCAGCACACAGCCAGCAAUAAUGAAACCAACAGAAGAACAUCCAGCUUAUACACAGAUUGCAAAGGAACAUGCCUUGGCUCAGGCUGAACUUCUCAAGCGCCAGGAAGAACUAGAAAGAAAAGCAGCUGAAUUAGAUCGUCGAGAGCGAGAAAUGCAAAACCUCAGUCAACAUGGCAGAAAAAAUAAUUGGCCACCUCUUCCUGACAAUUUUCCUGUGGGACCUUGUUUUUAUCAGGAUUUUUCUGUAGACAUUCCUGUAGAAUUCCAAAAGACAGUGAAGAUUAUGUACUAUUUAUGGAUGUUCCACGCUGUGACACUGUUUCUAAAUAUCUUCGGAUGCUUGGCUUGGUUUUGUGUUGAUCCUGCAAGAGGGGUUGAUUUCGGAUUGAGUAUCCUGUGGUUCUUGCUUUUUACUCCUUGUUCAUUUGUCUGUUGGUACAGACCACUUUAUGGAGCUUUCAGGAGUGACAGUUCAUUCAGAUUCUUUGUAUUCUUCUUCGUCUAUAUUUGUCAGUUUGCUGUCCAUGUACUCCAGGCUGCAGGAUUUCAUAAUUGGGGCAACUGUGGUUGGAUUUCAUCCCUUACUGGUCUCAACAAAAAUAUUCCUGUUGGAAUUAUGAUGAUAAUCAUUGCAGCACUUUUCACAGCAUCUGCAGUCAUUUCACUAGUUAUGUUUAAAAAGGUACAUGGACUAUAUCGCACAACAGGUGCUAGUUUUGAGAAGGCCCAACAGGAGUUUGCAACAGGUGUGAUGUCCAACAAAACUGUCCAGACUGCAGCUGCAAAUGCAGCUUCAACUGCAGCUACUAGUGCGGCUCAGAAUGCUUUCAAGGGGAACCAGAUUUAGAGAAUCGGCAGACGAAACACUGUUAACUUUUGACUGUAAUUUUUUCUCCAGUUACUGUAUUCUAUAAAUAUUUUUAUGUUCAACACACACACAGCAUGUAUAUUUCCUAUUCACUUGUGCAUGGGCUAAAACCAGAAAAACUUCCUUGUCUCAUUAUUUACCUAAGUUUCCUGACUUUUCAGUGCCCCUCCUGGAAACAGAAUUACAUGCUGAAUAUUCUCCAUAUUUUUUGGGGGAUGAAUGCUCAUCAAAUUAUUUCAGUGGUGACACACUGAAUGAUACCUACUACGAUGCUUUUAGUACUAGUUGCGGUCAUUCCAGAAUCUUAGACUUCACAGAUUACACAUUGAAGAAGUAAAGUGAAGCUUCAUUUCUCUUUCAUAUUUAUAUUGAAAGAAAUAGGCUGCCAGAGACUUGUAGAUUUUUACAUCCGCUUGCUUUCAGCAGUUCAGUCACCAUUGAAGAGCCUGUGUGCAUUUCAUAGUAGAUAAUAUAAAUUUUAUUUUAUUUUCCUUUCCUUUCCUUUUUUUUUCUUUUUAGAAUAGUUGAUAUUUUGAUAUCAGUCUCUGAUCUUGCAUGGGUACCAUGUUUCUUAAACUAAAAUUAGCAUUUUGGGUUCUGCACUGCUUGUUGUAGGGUUGAGAAGUUGUUUAUAGGACUACAGAAAUGAUUUUCUCUUAAUAGUUUCAUCUAACUAAAAAACUUAUUGAGAUGCAAUAUGAGAUUAUAGUAUAUGCAGUGCAUUAUCCAAAAGAAAAGGUAGUUAAUUGAUGGAAUAGAAUGUAGUGAUAAUACCUUUUUAAAAAAUUUUUUCAGUAUUCAUAUCAUAGUAAAAAUAUUACUGUAUGGAUACUUUGGUAUUCUUGUGGCUACUCUUUUUCAUUGAACUGAGAUUGUGUUUGGCAGCUCUUUUUGGAUGUGUAUGUAAUUUUUAACAGGUAUUAAGUCUAGCCUAAUUAUUUGUCCAAAAAGAACAUACAGUAUUUAAGAGAUUUAUCUUUUGGUUUCUCAUCUCUAGUGGCAUUAAAAAUAAAGACCUUGGCUUUCUACAUGUACUUGAAUCCUUAACACACCUCAGUCUAUUUUUGAGACAGACUGAAUAAUUAACAUUUUUUCAGCAGUGGAAAAAUAAAACAUUAACUUGCACCAAAAAAGAAAAUACAAAUUCAGUUGGAUAUGUUAACAUGAGUAGAAUCACCUCAAAAUUGUUACUGUGCAAGUAUGGAAGUUCAGAGAGUUUGAAACAUUUUUAAUACUGAUUAUUUAAAGACACUUAUAAAAUUUUCUGUUUUGUAAGUCAUUAGCUAAAGAUUGCAUAAUGAUAAAAGAUGAUUGAUGUGAUUUCAUUUUUAGUUAGUGUAGGGGUUGGGUCAUAUCGAAAUUUCCAGAUCGUUUCAGAAAAUCAGAUGGACACAAAUGGUUAAAUCGCUUCCAUUCAUCGGGACUGGAGUGAUAGCACAGUGGGUAGGGCGUUGCCUUGCACGCGGCCAACCCAGGUUCGAGUCCCAGCAUCCCAUAUGGUCCCCUGAGCACCGCCAGGAGUAAUUCCUGAGGGCAGAGCCAGGAGUAACCCCAGUGCAUUGCCGGGUGUGACCCAAAAAAGCAAAAAAAAAAAAAAAAAAAUCACUUCCAUUCAUCUUGAAUCUGGAGGUUAGAAGAAUUUCAGGCUGGGAGGUGGGACUGUGAUUUCUCAUUAUUUAUGCAAGAAGCUUUGUGUGAUACACUAGGUAAUGCAAAACCAGCCAGAUGACGGAUGCAUUUAAUUUGGGACUUUGUUGAAAUAAUGUACUUGAGAUUUUUUCUUUCAUUCUGAAGAUAAUAGAACUCAGAAUGUUUUUAUGAUUAUUUCCAAUCAUUGAUAUCUAUCACCUACUUUUUCAACCAAGUUAGUUGUAUAAUUUUAUUGAAAAUCUUUCAUCUGUGUGCUUUAUUGUGGAUUUUAUAAAUGUCUAAAACACUAGUCACAAAAUACAAGAGCACUGAUAUAUCUACCAUUAAUUUAUAUUUCAAGUCUAUUUUUCUUUUUUCUCUAAGCUAUAAAUAAAAAAUAAAACAACUGAAUAUUACCGAGAUGCUUUCCUCCAGAAAAAGAAUCUUUUACUAUAUGGAAAUUCCCACAAGUAGCAGUGUUAAAUAGUAAGGAAUAAUUACCACCAAUUAUACUCUUUCUGUAUGGGUGGGGAAAAGGUGGUUUUAAUCCAGUUAUUUGGGUUAAUUCAAGCUUAAGAGUGAAAAUGAUGUUUUUUAAAAGCAAAUGUGCAUUACAAAGAUUACAGGGCUUAUAGUUUGAUCAGUUAUAGGGAUUUUAAAUUCCCUCUCAACGGUAAUCAGUAAUUGUCAUAUUUCCACUCAGUAAGACAUUAAUUUUUUUUCUAUAUUUAAUACUAAAAUUACCCACUAUCAUAGUCCCGGGAAGGUCCUUACCUUGUAAGUAUUCUUAUCAUUCAGUUUUCAGUUUACAAUAUGAAAUUGUGGAUAUUUUAUUUCAGAUUAAACUUUGACACUGGAAAAUCAUUGCUUAGUGAUUUGUAAUUUGGGACUUAGAUUAUUUAUCUAGGGAAGCUGUACAUUUUGUCAGUGAGUGAUGCUGCGCUGCCAUCCUGGUGACUGUCCUGGUCCAUAGAAAUGCCCUCCAUUCGUCCCUCGAAUGUUGCAUGUUUUCAGUGCUUUGGAAGUUUUGUAUAUUUAUUGUAUUAACACAGAGUGUCAUAAAUAAAAUACUGUUUACUGGA